UUCGUAUUUACCCAACUGGCAGGUCUUGCGCCAUCUUCGCUGACGGCUGACAGUUCGAUGAGCCAGUCUUCUUAUCCCGCGAUGAAGCCCAGCCUGUCGCAGUCGACGCCUGAGCCUGAAGACUUGAUCAGCCUCCUCAGUCCGUCGCAGACCCGUGACUUGGACACUCUCCAUAAACUGGUGACUGAAGAACUCGAGGAAAUCUAUACCAAAGGCGACUUGGUCAUGGCGCUGCGUGAUGUGAAUUUCGACGCAGCCACUGCGUUCCUUACCCUGCGCAAACGAGGCGAGGCCACGAAGAAGCGGGCGCGGCUUCCCGAUCCCUUCCACGACACGUGGAGUCGACCCAAGAAUCCCCGGCUGUCUCUUCCCGCCAUGUCCCACAACCACCGACUCUUCCACAGCAACCACCAGCCCAUGUACACCCCGUUGCAUGCAGCGCGAGACAUGGACGCCCGGAACUCUGUCGUCACUUCCAGCGCCCCCCCAACAUACUCGUCGAGCGAGACUCAGUACAACCUUCCAUAUUCACAGAAGAACCUGUCCCCUCGGCAGGAGGAACAACCCGACAACGACCAUGGCGACGUCCACGAGUCCCAGGUUUUCCAGGAAAGCGACCCGACUGUCGCCGCCAACAUCCUGUCCCUGAACCUGCUGGAUCGCCAGCAGCAUCCCGUCAAGGAGGAACUCUCGACGGAGCAGCAGCAGCAGCAUCCGCUGGACGACGUGUUUGACAAGCUGGCGGUGGCCUGGACGCCGGACGUGAAGAAGCUGCUGGACGCGGCCUGUGCCGCGCACGCAACUGCCACGUUGAAGCAUGUACCCUCUUUUGACGCGGCCGACGCGGCGAACCUCCUAUUGGACAUUGUGUCCCUCCUUCCCCACGUUCAGCGCCUCGACGCGUUGGGCCGGCCCAUCUCCCCCACGGACGCCGAGGUUGCCGCGUCCGACAAGGCCGCCAUGGAGGAGGCGAUGGCCCCUCUUGUCACCCCCGAGGCCAAGAUCAAGGCGCUGAACGCCGCCUGCACGAACCACACCCGCCGCCUCGAAGCGUUUCGACGCGCCAACGUCGAGCUCGUCGAGCAGCACGCGGCGACGUCGACGCAGCUCAAGGCCAAACUGGAGGUCGCCACGGCGCUGGUGCAGCACAGUCGGCAAAACGUGGCAGAGAUGGCGGCGACGCUGGAGAAGGCGCGGACGGACGAGGACGCCGCCGCGACCAAGCUGGACGACCUCGUGGAGGCUCGUCGCGCCGAAUUCGUCGCCGCCGGAUUGCAACCGAAAGCGGCCAAGAUCCGCGCCAUUACCGCCGUGUACACCAACCCGGUGGACGUGGAAGCUGUGACGUUCCGCGAACUCCACGCGGCCGCCGAGCGCGCGACGGAGGCGGCGACGGCCGACUGGCACGGCGCCACCCUCGUCGACAUGUUUGCCACGGCCGUCCAGGCGCUUGUCCGCUACGUGGUGGCGCUACGCCAGGAAACCAUGACUGCAGCGUACAACGACGUACGAACACGUGUCUUGUAUGCAUUUGUAUAGCGUGGCAGUGGUUGUCCUGGUGUAUAUUUAUAUUUAUUUGAAUAUAUAUUGACUUGUAUAUAUAUUGAUUUGUAUAUAUAUUGAUUUGUAUAUAUAU